CCUGGACAGCGUGAUGCAUCCAAUCGCCUUAACUCAGUUCAUGCUGAGCGUCAUGGCUGCAUGCGUCACCCUCUUCCUGGAAUCAUACAGCCCCGACAGCAGCUCCGUCCUGAACAGCGUGUCCUAUCUGCCCACACCCGGCAUCCAGGUCUAUUUGUACUGCUGGAGUGCACACAACGUUCUCGAAGAGGGGGCUGCGGUGUCGGAGGCGGCGUACGGCUGCUCGUGGUACGAGGGCAGCCCGCGUUUCAAGCGAGCUCUCCGCAUCGUCAUGUGUCGCGCGCAGAAGCCGCUGGUGGUCACCGCGGGCAAGCUCUACCCCAUCAGCAGGGCCACCUUCGUCUCGCUGGUGAAUGCCUCGUAUACAUAUUACGCUUUGCUGAGCCGGGUGCACAACCGAGGCUGAGUGUGACAGUAAGCUGUACUUUGAAGCAAUUGUUUUGUUUAUUGUUUCACAAUAUUGUCAAUGGUAAAUAUGACGACAACACGCACUUCACUCUCCAGUACAGGUGUUA